AGGAGGGAAACAUCUGAGAGAGCGAGAGAGAGAGAAAGAGAGAGAGAGAGAGACAGGGUAAGUGAGAAAGAGGUAUAGACAAGAGUCUGACCGCACAGGAAAACAAGACAGAGAAUCAAAAGGACGCAAAAAGGAUAACAUUUCUUGCGCUCAUUUCCGAGACUUCAAACAAGGAUGUUGAUGCUGGACGGGAUGCCUGUCCUGCGGGUCAGAGCAGAGCCUGUGCAAGCACAGCGUCGGUCUCCUGACAUCCGCAGUUACGCAGACAUGGGCGUCUUGGUAAUGGACAGAAGGUUCCGGACUCAUUUGCCCGACAGGUUUCCAUCUGACCUAUUCCAGACACAGACAGAGCCGGUCGACCUCUCAACCAACAGAUCCCGGUCAUCACCAUCAUUAUCAUCGUCCUCUUCAUCACCCUCAUCAGUAGUGCGUUUCUCCCCAGGCUCCCCACCACUCACCACCACCAAGUCUCCUUCAUCAUCGUCAUUAUCUUCCACGUCAUCCUCCUUGCUUUCCUGCUCCCCCCCAUCAGUAAUAACUCCAGUACCACGAUUGAAGGUGUCUCCAUCAAGGGUGACAUCUCCACCCUCUAUCAUUCGGAGGGGGCAGCCAUUCCUGCACAUGCCCCAUGUUAUGGCCCCAUGCCCAAGCCCCAUCCAUAUCCAGCCACGCAGAGUCCCUGUGGUGGUACAGCCCAUGCCACUGGUCUACACUGGGGUGGGAUCACUCGGACCGCGAGGACUAUUGGCACCCAUGCUGGAAGAAAGUAUACACAGAAAAGUCACUUACAGAGUCCCAGAUAGACUUUCACCUCAGCGAUCCUUAAGUGACAGUGAGGAUGAUGACCUGCCCAGCGUGACGCUGGACAGUGUGAAUGAGACCGGCUCCACCGCCCUGACCAUCGCCCGUGCUGUUCAAGACUCCAUGUUGCCAUUUAGUAUCGAGAGCUUGAGGAGGCCGAGACGACCCGAGUCUCCGGACACUAAAAGAAGACGUAUCCACCGAUGUGAAUUUGAGGGUUGCAGUAAGGUUUAUACCAAGAGCUCACACCUCAAGGCUCACAGGAGGACACACACUGGUGAGAAACCGUACAAGUGUACGUGGGACGGCUGCACAUGGAAGUUUGCCCGCUCCGACGAGCUCACGCGUCAUUACCGCAAGCACACGGGGGUCAAGCCGUUCAAGUGUGGUGACUGUGAGCGCAGCUUUUCCCGCUCUGACCACCUGGCACUCCACCGCAGGCGCCACGCUCUGGUGUGAGGGCCCCGGCUGGGACAUACAGAUAGAUGGACCAAUUUUGGGGAUGGGGCCAGAAUCUGUCUGCCAUUGAUGUGCCAGGAAAAGGCUGGACCUUUUCCUUAUAGCGCUCAAGGAAUUAGGAGAGAAAGGGAGAUUAAAUUCAUGAAGAAUCUUAGAGUAGGAGUGCUGAUCUGGAAUCAGUUUUACAUUUAAUAUCCUAAUGAAUACAUGUAUGUGGGAGCUGAUCCUACAUGCGCUCAUACUCUUAGAUCAUACAUGCAUAUAGAUAAGAGGGGUGGGUGUUUAUCCAAAUCUGCAAUUGUAUUAAAUACCAGCACAUAUGGCAGGGUAUUGCAAUCAUAAUCAGCAUUUACAUAUCAUUUUAUACAAGUAUUAAAGCCCAAUAUGAAAGUAAUAUUUCAAGGUUUUGCCAAUAUGAAGUACCCCUGAACAAAUUAUUCCAACAAAUAAAAAUAAUUAUGUUGAAUAUUUAAUAAAUCAUCUAUUUAUUAAUCACUUUAGUCUACAUAGGGGUGCUACACCCAGAAAUGUUAGGCACAAACAGGAAUAUAAACAUUCUACAUAUUUACUUUCAUUUAAACUACCAGUAUCUUAAGUCUUUCUACCACCCAGUUUUAGUAUCUGUGCCAUGAUCUGUUGUAUUAACAAUUUCAGUAUUUUUUUUACAGUAACCAAACCUUUUAAAAUAAACCUUUAUCGUGUAAACUAUGGCUCACAUUCAUCAGGGAUAAACACAAGUGGGAUUUUGGUAUCCGGUUUAGCAAGAAUUUCAAAAUAAUCUAAAUAUACUAUAACACGUGGAAAAUGUUUGAAAAAAGAAGCUGGAAUUAAAUGUAAAAUAAAUGAAUAAUUAAAAUGUUGUUAAACGUUUCACUUUACCUCAUUAUGAAAAAACUCUUACAAAAUAGUCAUGUAUUAUAUAUUUGUUGAAUUUAAUUUGAAUGCAUUUUCUGUACAUAAUUUCAAUAAAACAGCAAAUUACAAAGUAAAAUAUAUUUUUACAAAAACAUUAGAUUUACUGCGAUGGAUUGAUGGUAAAAGAAAAAAUAAAAGUCACAGAACAAUUAGGUCAUACACUAUAUGGCCAAAACUAUUUGGACACUUGAACAUGAGCUUGUUGGACAACCCAUUUCAAAAUCAAGUGGUAUUAAAAUAGAGCUGUAAAGAUCACACAGAGGUUACUCUAACCUUUAAGCAACUGUGGCUGAAACAUUAGAAUGAGAUCAGAGUACUUUUGUCCACUUAGUGUAUUUGGCCUGCAGGUAAGACUAUAACAAUUAGGUUAAAAAAAACUGAUACAGCAUGGGCAACACCAUUGCAGUCUUUUCAUAAGGUGGAAUUAGAGUUUAACUGGUCGGUUGUACCCCACAUUAAGGCUUAAAUAGUUAAUUAUGAGGCAAACGUUUUAUGAAACUUUGACUCCAGCUACUGUCUAAAAAUGAUGAUGCUUCACAAAUGAAAAUGAACUGAAAUAAAAAGGACCUUGUUAUAUUCAAGAAUUGAUUCUGAUUAGCAAAGUGCAAUUAUCUUUAUAUGUGACCAAAAGAACAUACAAAUGAUGAUGGUAGCUUGUUGUUGCUGGUUUAAAAAAAAAAUUGAAAUGAAUUCAUGCUUCAUGUCCAUAAUCUUAGUAAAGCAAGUUAUGCUGGCCAGCCAUUUUGGUUCAUCUGACUACUUUGGUCAAGCUGGUUAAGCAAGUAAUGCUAGUAAUUCUAGUCAUGCUGGUCAGCCACCUAGAAUAAGAUACCUGUAGUAAUGCUGGUAUACAUUGGUCAAGACAGUUUUGUUGGUAACCAGCCAUACUAUUAAAAUAAUAACCAGCAGGGAACCAUCCAAACUAUUAAAGUAAUAACUAGCAAAAAACAGCUCGGUUUAACACCCAUCAAACAGUUUAACCAGGCUAUGUUGGCGAUGCUGAUUUUUUGAAUCAGUGUUGUAAAUAAAAAUGCUUCUUUUGGAGGGAUGUGCGUUUUGCACUGUGUCAACAAUUCAAUCCUCCAAAAUUCAUGAAAUUAAAAUACUAGACCCAAUAAACAUUUAAAACCACAUUUAAAAGUUCAGGGGUACUUUUAAAUUUAAAUUAUUUGCUGUAUUUUAACAGCCUGCACAGUGUCAGCCAUGUACUGUUAAAAAAGAGCUUAAAUACAAAACCAAACAUUUAAGGGCUUGUUUUCCUAAUAAACGAUUAUUUAAAUUGAACGUUCAAAUGUAAACAGGUAGGCUUGAUAUUAACAGGGUAACUUUCACAUUUUACCAACAAUUUUUUACCUUUGAAAUGGUUUCAUUUGCACAUCUGUAUUACGGCUACACGAUACCACUUUACAAUGGAUCUUGAAAUGGAAAGUUCACACAGAUUAUAUAUUAUGGCAUAAUAAAACAUAAUAAGUCAAAGAUCAAGAAUGUGAGAGAUCCAAACUCAAUUGCAUUAUUUGUGCACAUAGUGUAGCAGAUGUCUGUACAUUAAAAUAUAUAUUGUAUCGUGUAUUAUUUUUGUGCAUUUUAAUGUCAUGUAUUUGUUCAAUACUUUGCACCCUUUUUGAAAGUAUGUGAGGUCACCAUUUUUAGUAUUGUAUAGAGAUAAUCAAGCUUAAAACCGACAUUCCUUUAUCCUUUAACCAGUUUUUCAAGUAUGUAUUUGUAAAUGAUGUUAUUGUACACAUUUCUUUUUUAUAUGGAUUGACUGUGAAUUUAUACAUAAAUAUAUGUUUAAUGGAUUAAAUGAAGGCAUGAAUAAAAAGUCAUUUAUCAAUUUACAA